AUGGCUGCUCCCCAGGAAACUUUCGAAGAAGGCACAGUACCAGUGGCAUCUGCCAAGCUCCGGGCUACCCUUCAAGACCUAGAGAACGUCCGUCUGGACAUUGCUGUCACAGGAGGGUCAGGGUCGGGCAAGUCCACUUUUGUCAACGUCAUCCGUGGCCUGGGCGAUGAAGACCAAGGCUCGGCCAAGACGGGGGUGGUUGAGAUCAUCGCUGACCCAACACCAUACCCACACCCCAAAUUCCCCAACGUCAUCAUCUGGGACAUGCCAGGCGUAGAGACCCCUUUGAUGGAAGCUAACAAGUACCUGGAUAAGCUCCUGCCCAGCCGCUAUGACUUUUUCCUCAUCAUGGUCUCUGAACGCUUCACCACCAGCCACGCUCAACUCGCCUGCGCCAUCCAAGACCAGGGAAAACCCUUCUAUUUUAUCCGCUCUAAGGUCGACAUCGACAUGGCUGCUUCCCGCCAACGCCGGCCCACCACCUUCUCUGAGGAAGGCGUGCUCUGUGAGAUCCGGGCGAAAUGCUGUACCGAACUGGAAGAUGAGGGGGUGAUGGACCCCGAGGUCUUCCUGCUUUCCAUGUUUGAGCUGGGCAAGUACGACUUCCAGUUACUCAUUGAAAUCAUAGAGAAAGACAUGGAUUCCCAGAAGCACCACGCCUUCCUGGUGGCCCUCCCCAACGUGUCCCAGGCCAUCCUGGAGAAGAAGAAGGACACCCUGAAGCAGCACAUCUGGCUCGUGGCCACGGUGGCCUGUAGCAGCAACCCUCAGCCUGUGCCAGGAGUGAAGGGAGUGACCUGCGACCUGAGCCAGCUCAUGCGCUCCUUGGACACCUACCGCCGCAGCUUUGGCCUGGACUCCACCUCGCUCUGCAAACUGGCCCAGCAGACGGGCCAGCCCCUGCGGGUCAUGCAGAGCGCCAUCCUGGGGCCCUCCACAGAGGUGACCGAGGCGCAGGUGAUCGAGCUGCUGGCCGAGGCCACCCACGGCCCCACAGGGGUCUUUGCCAAGGAGCUGUCCUCCGUGCCAGUGCUGGGCGUCGUGGCCUCUUGCGGCUACUCCUUCGCCGUCGUUUACCAAAUGCUCAGGACGUACCUGACUGGGGCAGCCAAGAAUGCCCAGAGAGUCAUAAAGCGGGCCUUUCACAGUAGCCUGUAA